AUGGGCUACGAACGCAGACCUCCCAAUAUAUAUCCCGAUCAGGGAACCUCGUUCUCUGCGUCAUCGUCAACCACGUACUCACGACGCGUUCAGCAACAGGCUCCACGAACUCCAUCUCCCCCGGCUUCGGCAUACUUCUCAAAGUUCGUCGGUGACGAACAGGAACCACAGCCAACGCCCGAUGCUCAAGCACACUUUGCAUACUCCACGACUCUUCGCAGACACCACUUGGAUGGACCACUUAAUCUCGGAACUCCUCAUUCGAGCACUUUUCCCGGACUAGAGUCUCUGCGGUCUGCGGUCACAGACGAAGGCCCUUCCGGCCUUUGGGGUAGAUUGGUCAAAUUGGUGACUGGAAGAGCAGGGCAGUCUUCAGAGAAUGGUUAUACAUCGGUGCCCACAGGUGAGCAGAGACAACAAGAGACGCCUUCAGCGCGUUACGCAAAUCAUACCGUCGAGAGCACACUUGCAUCGUUCCAAACGUCCGCAACAGAUGGACUCCACUCCAACUCUGUACCAUCCCUCCGCGCGAUUCAUGGAUACAAUGAAUUCUCGGUCACCACUCCGGAGCCGGCACUUUUGAAGUUCGCAAAGACGAUCUACGAGAGUCCCUUGAUUUUGCUUCUGUGUGGAAGUGCCCUGAUCAGCGCAAUCAUGGGAAAUAUCGAUGACGCUGUCAGUAUAGCCGUGGCCGUUCUAAUCGUCCUGACAGUCGGCUUCAUCCAAGAACGGCGGUCAGAGAAGAGCCUGGAAGCAUUGAACAAGCUCGUUCCCCAUCAUUGUCAUAUAAUUCGGGAUGGCAACGCUAUUCAUGUCCUCGCCAACGAGGUCGUACCAGGCGAUAUCGUCACCUUUUCUACAGGCGAUCGUAUACCCGCAGACGUGAGGCUGAUCUCGGCCGUCGAUCUAGAAAUAGACGAGAGCAGUUUGACGGGCGAAACUACCGCGAGGCGGAAAGAUACCGAUCCGUGUCGCGCUCAGAACGGAAACGCGCAUGCUGGUCAUGUACAUUCCACAGGUGAGACCGUUGCUCUGGCUGACAGGACGUGCAUCGCAUACAUGGGCACCCUGGUUAGGAAUGGUAGAGGAUCAGGCGUGGUCAUUGCCAUUGGCACACAGACCGAGUUUGGUGUUAUUUUCUCCAUGAUGCAGGAUGUGGAAGAGCGUCGGACACCGUUACAACUGAGCAUGGACGAACUGGCACAGAAACUCUCGUUCAUCUCCUUCGGCAUCAUCGGCGUCAUCUGUCUGAUCGGUGUUCUGCAGAAACGCUCAUGGCUCGAUAUGUUCACUAUUGGAGUAUCCCUCGCUGUUGCUGCUAUCCCGGAAGGCUUGCCGAUUGUCACCACGGUAACACUCGCCUUGGGUGUGCUCCGCAUGUCCAAGAGAAAGGCCAUUGUUAAGAAACUACACUCCGUCGAGGCUUUAGGGUCGAUCUCCGUCAUCUGCUCGGAUAAAACCGGAACUCUUACGAAAAACGAACAAACUGUCACGGAAUUGUAUUCCGUCGACGAGGCAGUAACGAUUGAUCCUUCUUCCCCAACACCUCCACAUCGUGUUUCGGCAGCACUGUCGAAGACACUCAAGAUCGGAGCUCUGUGUAACAAUGCAUCUAUAACCCGUAACGAAGAAGGCAUCCAUGUGGGCCAGUCCACAGAUGUGGCUCUGCUUAACAUUCUCCCCGUUUUCGACAUGCCAGAUCCCAGACAUAACUUCACACGACUCUCCGAACUCCCAUUCAGUUCUGAGCGAAAGUACAUGGCCUUGAGCGGGACGCACUCGGGUCAAGUGGCGACUCUGCCCAGCGUGUCCAUGCUGAAUGGGUCAAGCCGGGAAAUGUACUAUAUCAAAGGCUCGAUCGACGCGAUCCUCGACCGAUGCAAAUUCUACUACGUCGCGGAAGACUCGACACCAGGCCUCGACGCCAACAUGCGAAGCGUCAUUCUAGGGAAAGCUCAAGCCAUCGCGAGCCGCGGUCUUCGCGUCAUCGCAAUGGCAUACGGAUUCGGAUCGGUCGAAAGCGGGAGCGCAGCGCCUUCCAGACCUCCGUCACGAGCGUCCACGCACUCGCAGAACAAGGAAGGGGCCAAUCUCGUUUUCACCGGCUUUGUGGCGAUGCUAGACCCUCCACGUAAGGGCGUGGCGGACGCGAUUGGGCUCCUGCAGAGCGGUGGAGUACAGGUAGUGAUGAUCACCGGCGACGCCGAACAGACUGCGCUGUCGAUCGCGCGCGACCUCGGGCUGCGGGUCCCGCGCGGAGCAGAUGCGAGCGACAGAUUCUGUUUGACAGGGCAGGCGAUCGAUCAGAUGACGAAGGCGCAGCUCAAGGAGCGUGUCGGUGGCGUGAGUGUGUUUGCGAGGACGAGCCCGAAGCACAAAAUGGCUAUCGUCGAGGCGUUCCAAGCGAGGGGCGCGAUCGUCGCGAUGACAGGUGACGGCGUGAAUGACGCGCCGGCCCUCAAGAUGGCUGACAUCGGGGUUUCGAUGGGCAAGAGUGGUACGGACGUGGCCAAAGAAGCUGCGGACGUCAUCCUCGUAGACGAUAACUUCAGCACUAUCUUACCUGCGGUAGAAGAAGGCAAAUCAAUAUUCCAUAAUAUCCAAAACUUCCUGUCGUUCCAACUUAGCACGGCCGCGGCUGCACUAACACUGAUCACUCUCAGCACACUACUUGGGCUGAGCAACCCCCUAAAUGCCAUGCAGAUCCUGUUCAUCAACAUUCUCAUGGACGGUCCGCCUAGUCAAUCGCUCGGAGUCGAUCCCGUCGAUCACGCCAUCAUGAAGAAACCCCCAAGGAGGAAAGACGAGCCGAUCAUCAGUCAACGCAUACUGUAUCGUAUCCUAUUUUCCGCGUCUAUCAUUGUCAUCGGAACGCUGUUCAUCUACACCUUUGCCCUGUCGGACGACCAUAUGUCUCGGCGCGAGCAAACUAUGACAUUCACCUGCUUCGUAUUCCUAGACCUCGUAUCGGCCCUGCAGAACCGCGGCCUCGGGUGCGGGAUGACGCAGAAUCGGAUGCUGCUCGGGACGGUCUCCGUCUCAUUCUUCACGCAACUCGCCUUGGUGUAUGUGCCCCUGAUGCAGGCGGUGUUCCAGACGGAGGCCCUGCCAGCAAACGAUCUGUGUCUUCUGCUGGGCCUCGCCGGGUCCUCGAUGGCGCUUCACGAGGGCCGCAGGAGGUACGAGCGGUCGCUGAACGCGACGGAGUCGUGGGCUUCUGCUACCGAGGAGAUGGCAUAAGGAAAUAAGGAGGCAGUACUAGACAGCUGAUAUUGUUUCAUUUAUUUUCCAUGCUGAGACCGGCUG